UUGGAGAUGGCCGGAGCGCUAAUGGAGGACGCGCCCAAGCUGCCAGUCCCUGGGCGGAGGAACAUCCUCAUCACCAGCGCUCUCCCCUACGUCAACAACGUCCCCCAUCUCGGCAACAUCAUCGGAUGUGUCCUCAGCGCGGACGUCUUCGCCCGCUUCUGCCGUCUCCGAGGUUACAAUGUUAUAUACAUAUGUGGCACCGACGAGUAUGGUACCGCCACAGAGACCAAGGCCCUCGAGGAGAAGUGCUCUCCUAAAGAGAUUUGUGACAAAUAUCAUUCAAUACACAAUGAGGUCUACAAAUGGUUUCACAUAAGUUUUGAUAUGUUUGGCCGCACAUCCACUCCACAACAUACUGAGAUAUGCCAGGCUAUCUUUCAGAGACUAUUGGUUAAUGAUUGCCUCUCUGAGAACACUAUGCAACAGCUAUUCUGUGAGAUAUGCCAGCGCUUCUUAGCUGACCGGCUUGUGGAAGGCAAGUGCCCCACACUGGGCUGCAACUAUGAGUCUGCUCGUGGUGAUCAAUGUGAAAAAUGUGGAAAGCUGUUGAACCCCACAGAAUUAGUAGAUCCUAAGUGCAAGGUGUGUGGCAGCACUCCACAUUUUCGUGACACAAAGCAUCUGUUCUUGGAGCUUUCUUUGCUGAGGGAGAGGCUAGAAGAAUACAUAUGUACCAUGUCUGAUGCUGGAUUUUGUAGUCAAAAUGCAAUUCAAGCUACGCGUGCGUGGCUCAAGGAAGGUUUGAAAGCUCGUUGUAUAACGAGGGAUCUUAAGUGGGGUGUUCCUGUGCCUCAAGAGAAGUUCAAGGACAAGGUCUUCUAUGUGUGGUUUGAUGCCCCCAUUGGCUAUAUAUCCAUUACAUCAUGUUACACACCUCAAUGGGAGAAAUGGUGGAAAGAUCCUGAAAACGUUGAGUUGUAUCAGUUCAUGGGCAAGGACAAUGUACCAUUCCACACAGUUAUGUUUCCGUCAACCCUUCUUGGAACUGGUGAAAAGUGGACGAUGGUGAAGACAAUAAGUGCUACAGAGUAUCUGAACUAUGAAUCAGGGAAGUUUUCCAAAAGUAAAGGCAUUGGAAUAUUUGGCAAUGAUGUGAAGGAUACUAACAUACCUGCUGAAGUAUGGAGGUACUACUUGCUUACCAAUAGACCUGAGGUAUCGGACACUUUGUUCACGUGGACAGACUUGCAGUCUAAACUAAACAAUGAGUUGUUAAAUAACUUGGGGAAUUUUACCAAUCGUGUGUUGACUUUCAUUGCCAAACCAACAGGAUUGGGAUAUAAUUCCAUCAUUCCUGAUGCAUCAGAUCCAGAAUCACAUUUGCUAACAAAACCUUUUGCUGUGAAAGUCAGUAAAUUUGUCGAACAAUAUGUUGAGGCCAUGGAAAAGGUUAAACUAAAAUUAGGCCUCAAAAUUGCUAUGAGCCUUUCUGAUGAAGGAAAUGCAUACUUGCAAGAAAGUGAAUUCUGGAAGCUUUUCAAGACAGAUUUAGUUUCAUGCUCGAUAGUGAUGAGGACCUCAGUUGGAGUAGUUUAUCUUCUAGCAUCUAUUAUGGAACCUUUUAUGCCAUCUUUUUCUACUGAAAUUUUGAAGCAACUCAAUUUAGAGCCUGGAAGUUAUCUCUCUUUCAAUGCUGUGGAAGGCAAUGUUGACUGGGCAAGACCUUGGGAUUUUUUACCUUCUGGUCACAGAAUCGGGAAACCUGAGCCCCUGUUUAGGGAGCUGAAAGAUGAAGUUGUGGAAUAUCUGAGGGAGAAAUUUGCCGGAAGGCAAGCUGCUAGAGGUGAUACUGACGGCAAUGACAUCAUUGAUCAACUUAAAAGCACAAGAGUUUCAGGAAAUGAAGAGAAACAGCAGGAGACUCCUGCACACAAUAAUGAUACAAAACCAAAAGCCCAUGAUACUGAUAUGUUCAUCUCCAGACUUGAUUUUCGAGUGGGUAUUAUUAAGAAAGUAUGGGAACAUCCCAAUGCAGAUUCUCUUUAUGUGGAAGAGAUUGAUGUGGGUGAAGAGUCUAGUAGGACAGCAGUCAGUGGUCUCGUUAACCACGUGCCUAUGGAGCAAAUGCAGGAUCGAAAAGUAUGUGUGCUCUGUAAUUUGAAGCCAGUGAACAAGCGGGGUAUAAAAUCACAUGCGAUGGUUUUGGCUGCAUUCAAUUAUGAUCACAGCAAGGUGGAAUUGGUGGAUCCUCCGGCGUUGGCUGUAGUUGGGGAGCGAGUGACCUUCCCAGGGUUCUCUGGCAAACCAGACACUGUAAUAAAUCCAAAGAGCAAGCUCUGGGAGAAGGUGCAAACAUAUCUGCACACGAAUUCAGACCUUGUCGCUUGUUACAAUACUGUUCCUUUCACAACAUCCGCUGGAGUUUGCAAGGUUUCCUCAAUACUAAAUGGUGAUAUCAUGUAGAGUACGUACUUGAGUGAAACUCAAUUAACACAAGUAAUUAGCCUGCGUUGUUUUAA